ACUGCGCAAAAGCUCAAGAAUGGGGGAAUCCUGUACGAGCUAACCUCCAAGGCGGUGGUCGACUGGCUGAGGAUUGAGAAGCACUUGAAUGCUUUCACAGGCAAGUUCGGCCUUGAAGCGACCGUUCGAGCACGCCACUAUGCUGUAGUUUGGCAGAACGUGUCGACGUCCUUCGUACCGAGCGAGCAAUCGUACAGACUGCUCGAGAAAGAGAAUGGCUGGAACGAGCGGGAGCUAAUGGUGGUCCAUUGGAUCAAACUGAUUGACAAACGAAAGCUGAACCAACAGACCGCGUACGCUAUCACGAAGUUCAGUAGUGCGAAGAGAGCCAACGACAUCAUCGUCAAUGGCCUCAUGUACUUCGGUCAAAGACUGAACACCUGGCGUCUGGUCAAGGAGGCGUGGCGCUGCAUGAAAUGCCAGCGUCUGGAGCCAGGCCAUAUGGCCUCCAACUGCAUGGAGACCGCAAAGUGCAGAACCUGUGUGUCCCCGGAACACAUGACCCAGAAGUGCAAGGUCCCUCCAGGGCGCAAGCGCUGGUGUGUGAACUGCGAGAUGGCAGGGCAUGCGUCCUGGGAACACCACUGCCCUUCGUUUAUGGAAGCUAACCAUAGGAUGCUGCUCCCCCGUGACGCACUGAUGACCUGCCCGCGCACCCGCCGGCUGACCCUGGCCGCAUGCACCCUGCACGAGCGAGCCACCUCGUGA